CCUCGGCGCUUUCAUCACCGCGGCGCGCCGCUGCUCCCGCCUGACGUCAUCGCCGCGCGCCUCCGGCCGGCAGCGCCAUGUCCUUGUGGGUGUCCCGGCUCGGCCGGGCCGCGGCCGCCCGGGCCGGCUCCGGGCCGGGCUCCGGCCUGCUGCGGGCAAGAAUCCACACCAGCCCUGAGCAGAGCUUGCAGUAUGGCUGGCUGGCCUACAUGCUGGGAGAAAGGACCAGCAAGAAGUUCACAGAGCACAGCAAAGUCUUCACCGUGGAGGGGAAUCUGUCUUCUGGGAAGGGCAAGCUGGCCCAGCAGAUAGCAGACAAACUGGGAAUGAAGUACUUCCCUGAGGCAGACAUCCACUACCAGGACAGGCUCUCAGGGGAUGGGAAGCUGCUGCCUGAGAAGUUCCAUGGCUUCUGCAGCCUGGAGAAGUUCUACACGGACCCCAAGGCCCCCGACGGGCACUCGUACCGCCUGCAGUCCUGGCUCUUCGGGAGCCGUGUCCUGCAGUAUGCCGACGCCCUGGAGCACCUGCUCAGCACAGGCCAAGGCGUGGUGCUGGAGCGCUCUCCCUACAGCGACUUCGUGUUCCUGGAUGCCAUGUUAAAGCAGGGAUAUGUGCACAAGAGAUGCCUUGAUCACUACAAAGAGAUCAAGGAGAUCAGCAUUUCUGAGUUCCUGCCACCUCACUUGGUCAUUUAUGUAGAUGUGCCUGUCCCAGAGGUGCAGAAGAGGAUUCAAGAGAAGGGCAAGCCAUAUGAGAAAAAGGUGUCUCCUUCCUAUCUCCAGAGCAUUGAGGAUGCUUACAAGAAGACCUUCCUACCAGCAAUCAGUGAGAGCAGUGAAGUUCUGCAGUACACAGCAACUGCAGCUGAGGAUGUGGAGAAGGUAAUUGAAGACAUCGAGUACCUGAAGUUUGACAAGGGGCCAUGGGUGGAGCAGGAUGAUGUUUCUUUCCAUCACUUGAGACUUUAUGUCCAGGACAAGACUGGAGUGCUGGAUUGCGUGUCCAUCCCGCGCUUCAUCCCCGAGAUCACCAUUGGCGGCUCUGAGUACGACAAGAUCUACUACGAGUACCGGGCGGCAAGGCUCCUGUGCAGAGGUGAUGGAGCAAGAGGCUAUCCAGCACAGGCCCAGAGAGCAGAUGAGCUUCCAGACAUCCAGAUUUGGGCUGGGAGGUUGUUGGGUCUGUAAAGAAGGAAUCACAGCCCCUGGCUUGCCCAUGGCUGUGCAGGGAUGGUCACAGCUGUGCUGCCACUUCGGCAUUUGAAGAAAAAGGGUUUAGCCUGACUUGUAAGUAAAAUUUUAGGCUGACUUGUAAGUAAAGGCUUAAUUAUGGGAUAAUUACGGAAGUUUAACUUUUCCUUGUGGGAAAUGCUUGCUUUUAAAGUUGGUGUAAUGAUGUUUACCACAUAAAUACAAUGAUUUGCAUAGGGGAUUUUUUCCCCCUGUAACUACUCAUAAAUCCUUGAUCUCUCCAAUAGGCAGCAAACUGCUGUGCUUUUCACAGCUCCAUGCACACAAUUCAUGCUGCCUAAUAAUGGUGGUUUUCAGGGAGUUACAAGUUCCAGGUAGAAGCUGGGUUUUGUUCAAAAUAUUCAUUAGAAGCAACCAAGAAGGAGGAGAAAGGAACGCUCUUCAGAGUUCAAGAUUUUAGCAUGUGUGCCUUUCUGUGAAAUAAUGAGAUGGCCACAUACAGUUCUGAAUACUUGAAACUCACUUUUUUUAAUGUAUAGCCUCUAAAUUUCUUCUGUAAGGGCUCUUUUCAUGUGUGAGGAGGUGGCUUUCUGCAGCCUUCUUAUACCAUGAAGUCCUCUGCCAGGGUCCAGCAGCUCUGCUCAGGCAUUCAGAAACUUCUAAAGACGCUCUUCUGGCAAGGGAAAAGCAACCUUUCAGUCAGGUUCUGUAGAUCAGAGAUAAGCACGUUUAUUCUUCAGGGGAGCAACAUUAUUUUAGGAACUGUCAGACUAGUAAAGGCUUGACUACCCUUUUUUUCCCCCCUUAACAACUGCUGUAUCUCUCUGCCUUUCUUCCAAGUGCACACAAUCCCCAGGGAUAAUGCUCCAAACUCACUGUGCACCCUGUGAAGCUGGAGAGCUGGAGCACUUAGGCAGAUGUGUUUGCAGUGAAGAUGAAAACAAAUGGCUCUGUUUAAUGGAAUCAGUGUACUUAAAUAAUGUGCUGGUGUACUUCACACUCCUGCUGCAUCUCCUGGAGUGGGGAAAAACGGUGUCUUUGACGUGCGUGUGCUUUUCUAUGUACAUAAAAGUGCAGCUGUUUGCUGGAAUUUGGAGAAUCAAAGAAUCACAGAAUGUUUUGAGUUGAAAGGGGCCUUAAAACUCAUCCCAUUCCCACCCCCUGCCAUGAGCAGGGACACCUUCCACUAUCCCAGGUUGCUCCAAGCCCUGUGCAGCCUGGCCUUGAACACUUCCAGGGAUCCAGGGGCAGCCACAGCUUCUUUGGGCACCCUGUGCCAGGGCCUCAGCACCCUCACAGGGGAGGAUUUCUCCCCAGUAUCCCAUCUAACCCUGGCCUCUGGCAGUGUGAGGCAAUUCCUCCUUGUCCUGUGCCACGGAAAGGUAAGACAAGGCUCUCAUUUUAAUUCCCUCCCUGUUUUCCUUGGUGGAAGACUGCUUUUGUAAUAUAGGGAUGCUGAGCAUGAGGCAAGGAAAGCUUGAGCAGAUCAAAGUCCUGGCUGCUGCUGUGAGGUGCAAUCCAGCUCCUUCCACAGCAGCUGCACAGCUCAGUUGCCUUGCCAGACUUAAUCUUUGUGCCCUGCUCCUCAUCCUCCUCCCUCCUGCCCCAGGGCUUGGGAAUGUGUGGCUGGCAGGGUCCUGCAGUCCUGUGUAGCAGCAAGCAGAGAAGAGGGAACCAGGAUGGAGGGGAAGGGAAUCCCACACUCUUUUCCCAGGCUUUUCAUCACUUUUUUCCAUAAGGAUGCAGCCUUAGGAGGGAAAACCCUCCAAUGUCUGCCAUGCCUGCAUGUUGGAGGUGGUUGCAGGGCAGUAGCUGUGAGUGGUGGAAGGUGAGCCUGCAGCAUGAGUCAGCUCUGUCCCACAACCCAACACUGAGAGUGCUGGAAGAGCUUGUGUUUGCAGUAGGAAAUCCCAGCCAGCCCCAAAGGGAGGGCCUUAAGGGAAGGCUCCCCAGGUUUGAGGGGCCCAUGAGCUGCUCUGGCCCUUCUUGGUGGCUGUGGGACUGAAGGUGGCUGCUGGCAAGCACAGGGUUAGCAGGGCCCUUAGCUCCCCAUCUCUGCUGAGAGUGCAGUGCCCUCUUCACAUAACAAUCUCCUGAAAGAGCUACAAAAGGAAUACUUGAGCUUUCAGAAAGCCAGAGUCUGGAUCAACAGCAGGAUCAACUCUUGCCUUUGCAGGAGCAGGGAGCUUAGGAUAUCUUUCCUUCUCCAUGUUUGCGAUCGUUGCCAUAGCUGCUGCCUUUGAUAGAACCUUCUGUUCUCUCCUGCCAUUUUUUUCUUGGCUUGAUGAAGCUUUCAUUCUUUUUAGGAUCAAGAUCUCCUUUCCUAAUUCUGUUUUUAAAGGAGGUGUUUGACAGCUGUAAUGCCCAGCCCUAUCUGCUCUUGAAUCCAGGAAGGAAUGAAAACAGACCCACAAUAAAUUAGAAGAGGCUUCAUUUCAUGGGUUUUUUUCUGUUUUAUCUCUGCAAAAGUAUUUUAGCCCUUUCUAAAGUAACAAAAUGUUGCCUAGCUAGAUAUCAGUAAGACCAACACAACCUGAGGAAUAACAAAAACCUGGGUAUGACAGAGCUGUUGCUCAAGGAUACCUGGAUCUGCUCCUCUUCCCACCUUCCCACUUCUCCUCUGCUCUCACCAAUCCUGUCCAUAUGGGGAGAGUGUGAGAGCAUCGCCUCUUUAGGAACAGGCAGCUUUUCCACCCUGCUUGGCCUGAAAAGUAUCAUGGACAGUUGGCAGGGAUAUCUAUCCCAGAAGCAGUAGGGAAGGAGCCUGACAGACCUUGUAAAUGUCUCAAAUCUUGGGUUUGGUGGUUGUGUCUGUUUUAUUUUAGGUGAUGGCCCUGCUGUCCCAGGCACUGGGUGCUUCUGUGAAUCAAAAAGACAGUCAAAUCUCACUGGCAUUAAAGUAAUCCAUUUUCAUCUUGAUAGUCUGUCUCUGUGAAAGGAAACACUUCUUUAUGUGGGAGCACAUCCCCCUUUCUCAAACUCCUCUUAAUGCCAUACCUGUGGCGGGAUGUGAUCCCCAGGGUACAUGUCUGUUAAAUUAAAAUUAAUUGGAAUAUAAUUUAAUAGAGGGGUAGCAUCUCCAUGGAUCUUACACUGAGAAGUAGAGCUAGUUUGAGGUGUUUAGCUGUGCUGUGUGGCUUGGAUUAGUUCCUUGGCUUUUCCCUGCACUCUCUAGUGGAUAACUGAUCCUCUUAGGGGCGCUUCUCUUUCUAAAGGAUUUUUGUCUGUUUUUUAGUGAAUGAAUGAAGGGCAGGACAGCAGUCAUUGAACAGUUCCAGCAAACUGGAAUUGUUUUAGCCUCAAUUUAGCGAAACUUUUGGGUGCUCUUGUAUUUUGGGCUGUGAUGGAUGUUAACAGCAUUGAGGGUUUUAUUUGAGUAAGGGAUGGCAGGAGUGAGGCUGUACCAAACAUCUGUGCCAGGCCUUUGGGAACCAAGCCAUGCACACCUCAGAUGUGUGUUUGGAGGGGAAAUUGUUCCCCUUCCUUGCUUUAAUUGGUGCUCUGGAGCACAGGAUUACUGAUGCUGGAGAAGAUCAUUGAGUCCAGCUUAAACCCAGCAGUGCCAAGACCACCACCAGCCUGUGUCCUCAGGUGCCACAUCCACAUAGCUUUUAAAUCCCUCAAGGGAUGGGGAUCCUGGGCAGCUGUGCCAAGGGUGAUAGCCCUUUCCAUGAAGAAUUUUUUCCCUAAUACCAAUUUCAAGGUCCCCUGAUGCAUUUUGAGGCUGUUUCCUCUUAUCACUUGGGAGGAGGGUCUUGACCCCACCUGGGUGCAGCCUCCUUGUGUGUAGCUGUGAGAGGAACCAGAGGAGGAAGGAGGAAUAAUGAGUGGUCAGGAACCAAACCCUUCCAGAAUCCAGCCAAUAUCUGCAGCUCCAUGGUCCUAGAUUCUCUCUGAUUUUAGCUGUGUGCCUACAACACUGUCAGCCCUUUGGAAGUGAGGAUUUCUCCUGCAGUCAUGUCCUCCUAGCAGUGAUGGAAGGGGCUGUUACUGUGCCUGUUCUAAACAGCUCCGGGGUAUUGAUGAAUGAGCCUGAGCUCCCAGAGCAAUGACUCUGCUUUUAAGUGCUCUUUGAUCAGUGCUACUCCAAGUAGGCUAUUUAUAGAGCUUCUGGAGCUGUGGAGCCCAGCUAUCAGCAGGAAUAGAAGGCAAUAAUGGUAAUUCUGUUUGUUCCCCAAAGGCUGGAAAACAAGGCAGGCUCCUCCUCAACAACCUUUCCAGGUGGUUACAGCUCUCCAGAGCUCUACCUGCACGUGCCUGGUGUGGAAUGAUCUGGAGCAAGCAGCUGGCUGGAGCUGCUUGUUGCUCUUCCACAGCCUCUGCUACUUUAUAGGGCUUUUCAUCAUGUUUAUAGUUUUGACAGGCACUUCUGUGGCAGGUUCUUAAUUUAACUGAUGAGAUGGUCUUGUUUUCAUCUCUUUUCCUGAUGCUCUUUUAAAAUUGAGCAGUUUGAUGCCUUUGAGCUGGCUCUACCUUUGGGUUCAGCUCAUUUCAGGAGUUUUGUGCUCUGUGUGGUGGAUUUUAUCUCAUCCCUCUGGAAAUAAUCCUCACUGCCAACUUUUGGGCACUGUAGAGUGUAAUGCAGCAGGCCAAGUCUUCAUUCUCACUCAGUUUCCAUGGAGUGGAAAAAUCUGUUCCUUGGUGACCUGGCUCAGCCUCGCCUCCUGCUGCAGAAAUGUGGGGGAGCUCUUGGGGCUGCCUGGUGGGACCUCUGUGAUCAUAAAAUUGUGGAAUGAGUUGGGUUGGAAGGGACCUUAAAUCUCAUCUCAGCCCCCCUGCCAUGGGCAGGGACACCUUCCACCACCAUCCCAGGGUGCUCCAGCCUGGCCUGGGGCACUUCCAGGGAGCUUUUACUGCAAGAGAAGGUGAAUAUUCUGUCCCUUUCUGUUGUCUCAGCUGCUGGCAAGUCCCAUAGAGCUUUUUCCUAUCUCCCUCCCAUCAUCUCUUGCAGCCAGGCUGCCCAGCCUAGACAAACCCAGCAGCCUUAGGGCUGCUCCUGGAUUUCCAUCCCUGCCCUUGUGCUGGCCAAGAGCCAGCCUGGGAAUUUCAGCUGGGUGCAGUUUGGAGCACCAGCCUGACCAGAACUAGCACAUCUUAUCCCUUGCCCUGCAUCCCCACAUCUUCCCUGGUGCUUCUACCACUCCUCUCUGCAAAAUCCUAUCCGUUCCAAUGUGCAGCUCCAUUAGUGCAGUCGCAGCUGGAAAACGUGGGAUUUGAACAGCAGAGUUUGGCAAAGUGGCCUGUGUCACUUGUGCAGCUUGUGCACAGAGCAUCAAUUCCCAUCCUCCUGCUUCCUAGGUAAUAUGGGAGUUGUUUACUCUGCUUCCCUCUUCCCUUUUUUUUUUUUUUUUUGGCUGUUUUGAAAGCUUGGCUGUAACAAAUCCCCAAACUCUCCUGCCUUUGCCAAGGCCCACUGUGAAUGAUGGAGUUAUGGGUGAAUACUUAUAACACUUGCUUUGAUGUCUUGCAUGUCUUUAACCAAAGGCACACAGGGAAUUUGUUUUGGACAAUGAAUUUGAAUUCUGUUGGCGUUGAUAUUGUAGCUUUUUAAAGAGGGCAGAUGGACCCAGAAACAAAACUGUAAACUGCUGUAUUUUCCCAGAGAUCUCCUGUUGCUUUAAUAAUCUACUUAUCUGGGAAUCUCUUCAAGUAUCAAAGGG